CGGAGAGAGAGAGAGAGAGCGGACUUCGGAACAAUUUAACUAGCACUGGGAUACCCCCCCCAAAGACCAGAGUCACUUCCCAGCGCGGCAGGAUUCCCCUCUCAGCGCAGAGAUAUUCAUGCUCCCGUGAGCGCUGCGGGCGAAGAUGAAGAGCAGGCUGUGCCUAGCGAUCGCUGCUGUCCUGGCAGCUCUGUUUGCCGUGUCCGUGGACGCUCAAGUGGAGUCUCCCUCACAGCUCAAGUUUAAAAUUUUAACGGAAAACAGUGUUCAAAUGUCAUGGAGGCGUUCGCGAGGCAGAAUCGGAGGCUACAGAUUGACAGUAACACCCAGAACUGGAGGACCUGUUAAGGAAAGUGUAUUGCCCCGAGGUGCAAGCAAAACAACGUUAACGGACCUCAUUCCCAAUGUAGAAUACAGCGUAACGUUGAUUGCCUUUGACGGCUCAUUGGAGAGUGACGCAGUUUCUGGUAAAAUCACGAUCCAGUCAGCCCGCAUACCAACAGUCAGGCCAGAGAGCGUCGAGGACCUUUCCCAGAAAUGUUCCGCUAUUGCUGUGGCUGAUUUGGUUUUCCUGGUUGAUGGAUCAUGGAGUGUGGGGAGAGCCAAUUUCAAUAGGAUCAGGGAAUUCAUCUACUCCCUCGUAUCUGCAUUCGAGAUCGGAGAUGACAAGACGAGAGUUGGAAUUGUGCAAUAUAGUUCAGACACUAGAACAGAGUUCAACUUGAACACAUACAGUCAGAAGUUGGAUGUACUCAACGCUGUGACUAGUCUUCCCUACAAAGGAGGAAAUACCAUGACUGGUGAUGCCAUUGAUUUCCUGAUAAAGAAUACUUUCACUGAAGAUGCUGGAGCAAGGAAAUCCUACCCAAAAAUAGCAAUAAUAAUCACCGAUGGAAAGUCCCAGGAUCCAGUGUCAGAAAAUGCUGAAAUCCUUCGCAACAUUGGCGUUGAAGUGUUUACUUUGGGUAUAAAGGGAGCAGAGCUAGAAGAAUUACAAGCCAUUGCCUCCCCUCCUUUGGAGAAGCAUGUUUUCAAAGUGGCAGACUUCGACAGGAUUCAAGAUGUCCAGAAUGAGAUAAUAGGCCGCGUGUGCUCUGGUGUUGAGGAACAACUUAGUGAAAUAGUUAGCGGAGAGGAAGUGGUUGAACCUCCUUCCAACAUGCAAGUCUUGGAAGUUGCGUCAAAUUCCAUGAAGAUCAUUUGGGAUUCAUCACCUGGCCAGAUCACCGGCUACAGGCUCCACCUUGUUCCCAUGGUGGCUGGCGUCAAAGAGCAGAGUGUCAAUGUUGAUGCUGGCACCAGGAUGGUGAUUGUCAAAGACCUCACCCCCGCCACCGAGUACCAGAUUAAACUUUAUGCCAUGCGAGGGCUGACAUCCAGUGAUCCGGUGAUGCUUAUGGACAAGACGACGCCCACGGAGGUUUCAGUCGAAUGUACCCUGGACGACAAUGCGCAGGCUGAUGUUGUCCUCUUGGUCGACGGCUCCUACAGCAUUGGCCUGAGCAACUUCGCAAAGGUGAAAGAUUUCCUGGAGACCUUGGUUAACACCUUCCAAGUUGGUCCGAACCGUAUCCAGAUUGGACUGGUGCAGUACAGCCGGGACGCAGUGACGGAGUUCACCCUGAACAGGCACUCGUCGCUCCAGGCUGUGCUGGAAGCCAUCCGCAACUUCCCCUACCGUGGUGGCUCAACCAACACAGGCCGGGCCAUGACCUACGUGAGGGAGAGGGUCUUCGUCAAGGAGAAGGGCGCCAGGACCAAAGUGCCACGGGUGAUGGUGCUAAUCACUGACGGCAAAUCCUCUGAUGCCUUCAAGCUCCCUGCUGAGAGGUUGCGAGACUUCGGCGUGGAGAUCUUUGCCGUGGGUGUCAAGGAUGCAGUGUUCAGCGAGCUGGUGGCCAUUGCCACGGAACCCGAGGACACUCACGUGUAUCAGGUGGACGACUUUGAUUCCUUCCAGAGGGUAUCGACGAAGCUCACGCAGACGCUGUGCCUCAGGAUUGAGGAGGAGGCGAAAGCUAUCCGAAGCCGGACCUUUUCCUCGAUCAAGGACCUGACAACAUCCGAAGUAACUUCUCGUAGUUUCCGGGUGAGCUGGACAGCUGCUUCCCCAGACGUCAUCUCCUAUCUACUGAGCUACAGGAUGGAAGCUGGGGGUGACAUCACGUCCGUACGGAUUCCUGGUGACCAGACAACCAGAGUACUAACCGACCUCCUGCCAGAUACGCCCUACCGUGUCACUGUGGUCGCAGAGUAUGUUGACGGGCAAAGUAUGCCUAUGCAUGGAAGCGAUACCACCCUUGAAGAAUCUGGGUCACCAAGUAACCUGGAGAUAUUUGAUGAAACAGCGGACAGCUUCAGGGUCAGCUGGUCACCGGCGCCUGGUAACGUUCUUCAGUAUAGACUGCAGUAUGUGCCAGAACUUGGCGGGGAGGCCAGAGAAACAAGCGUUGAUGGAAGGGUGACACAAACAAUCCUUCAGAACCUGCUCCCAAACACCAAGUACUCUGUGAAGGUUCUGCCGCAGUAUCGAACACUGGUUGGUCAACCAUUGGUUGGAGAAGGCACAACCAAAGAAGAACGUGGUUCUCCUCGUGAUCUUGUGACCAAAAAUAUCACACCCACCACAAUCGAUGCUUCGUGGACACCAGCCCCGGGCAACGUACGGAGUUACCGCAUCACCUGGAAGUCGCUCUUUGAUGAUGACAGAGGAGAGAAGAUGGUCUAUGGCUACACCCCGUAUACAACGCUGGACAAUCUGCAGCCAGAAACUAGAUACCAAAUCCUUGUCUAUGCCACUUACGAUAGUGGGGAAGGAGAUCCACUGCAAGGAGAGCAGAUCACUGACGCGACCCCAGAGGGCAAGGAACUGGUCGUAAGGGAUGAAAAACUCAACAGUUUCCGAGUGCAUUGGAAGCCCGCUCCAGGCAAAGUACUGAACUACCGCCUCACUUACAGGCCCACAACUAGAGGUCGACAAAUUACCACCAAGAUACCAGGUCAUCUGACGAGCACUGUCCUCCGACGGCUCAUACCCCAGACAACGUACAAUGUCUCUGUCGUUCCCUUUUACAGGCAAGGCGAAGGCAAAGUAAGAUGGGGUCUAGGGACAACAGUUUCACCAUAUAAACCUCCCCAAAACUUAACAACCUCUGAUGCCGCGAGAACAAGUUUCAGAGUGACGUGGGAGCCUUCUCCCGGGGAGGUAACAGGAUAUAAAGUCAUCUACCACCCAAGAGGAAGAGAAGAACAACAGGGAGAAUUGGUAGUAGGUCCGUAUGAUACUACCGUGGUCCUGGAAGAGCUGAGGGCUGGCACCACCUACAAAGUGGCUGUGUCUGGGAUGUUUGAAGACGGUGAAAGUGUGCCGUUGCUGGGAGAGGAACAAACAACACUGUAUGACGAUAAUCCAGUGUUGCCUGUGGGAACUCCAGGGCUGCAGUGUACCACAACGGCAGCUGCAGACAUCGUGCUGCUGGUAGAUGGCUCCUGGAGCAUUGGGAGGCUAAACUUCCGCCAGAUCAGAAGCUUCAUUGGCAAGUUAAUCCAGGUGUUUGAGAUUGGCCCGCGAAGAGUGCAAUUCGGUCUGGCACAGUACAGUGGUGACCCAAGGACCGAGUGGAACCUUAAUCAAUACAAGGACAAGAAGAGCCUGCUUGAUGCUGUGUCUUCCUUACCUUACAAGGGUGGCAACACUUUAACAGGCAUGGCUCUCAACUACAUUUUGCAAAACAACUUCAAGGACGACGCUGGUGCCCGGCCAAACGCACGCAAGAUUGGCGUCCUCAUCACUGACGGAAAAUCGCAAGAUGAUGUCAUUAGUCCUUCGGAGACUCUGCGUAACAUUGGGGUGGAGCUCUAUGCUGUUGGUAUUAAGAAUGCGGAUGAAACUGAAUUGAAACAGAUCGCCUCCGACCCAGACAGCAUUCACAUGUACAACGUGGCCGAUUUCUCCCUGCUGUCCGAAAUCGUUGAUGACCUCAGCAUAAACCUUUGCAACAGUGUGAAAGGACCAACUGGAGUGGAUCCUCCAAGAAACCUGGUGACCUCUGAGGCCACCCAUAACUCCUUCCGUGUGACGUGGGAGCACUCGGACUCGAGUGUGGAUCGGUACAGAGUGGAGUACCAUCCUGUGGGCGGAAGCAGGACAGAAGAGGUUCUUGUAAGUGGGAGAACAAGGACUGCGGUGCUGACGAAUCUGCAACCUAACACGGAGUAUGUGGUUAGAGUGUACGGACUGCUGGAGGGUGAAAUCAGCGAACCGCUGGAAGGGAUGGAAACCACUUUCCCUAUCCCUACUGUCAGGAACAUUAAUACUUAUGCCAUUACUCCGACCACGAUGAACGUCAGAUGGGAACCGGCCAGUGGAGCCUCAGGAUAUAUGUUACUGUAUGCACCAAUUAAUGCCACCACACCUGCAGAGAAAGAGGUGAAGGUUAACGCGGAUGUUACUGAUGUAAAGCUGACUGAAUUAUUUCCAAAUACUGAAUACACGCUUUCAGUCCACGCCUUGUAUGGUGAUGUCCCGAGUGAUCCACUGAGCAUGCAACAAGUUACCCUGCCUCUGCGUGGACCCAGGAAUAUCCGUUUCUCCGAUGUCACUCACAGCAGCAUGAGGACUCACUGGGAUCGAGCUCCAGGCAGGGUCCUGAAGUACAUCAUCCGCUACGCUGAAGUGGGAGAUGAGAUCGCCAAGGAGGUGGAAGUGUCUGGCAGCGACACCUCGGUGCCCCUCACAGGGCUGGUGUCCCAGACAGAGUAUGAUGUUUCAGUGUCAGCUGUGUACGACAAGGGGGUGUCCACUCCCCUGACUGGCCGGGAAAGCACCACACCUCUGAGUGGACCCAGGAAUAUCCGUUUCUCCGAUGUCACUCACAGCAGCAUGAGGACUCACUGGGAUCGAGCUCCAGGCAGGGUCCUGAAGUACAUCAUCCGCUACGCUGAAGUGGGAGAUGAGAUCGCCAAGGAGGUGGAAGUGUCUGGCAGCGACACCUCGGUGCCCCUCACAGGGCUGGUGUCCCAGACGGAGUAUGAUGUUUUGGUGUCAGCAGUGUACGACGAAGGGGUGUCCACUCCUCUGACUGGACGGGAAAGCACCAGGGUGGUCCCAGCACCAACUAAUCUUCGCUUCUCGGACGUCGGGGAGACGCGGUUCCGCGUUCACUGGAACCAUGGAGCACAAGAUGUGGCCCUCUACAGACUGACCUGGGUUCCAUCGGGUAGAGGCAACAAAGAGGAGAUGAUCUUAAAUGGCCAAGAUACCAACCAUCUUUUAGAGGGCCUGAACCCUGACACUGUUUACGAUGUAUCUGUGACGGCCAUUUAUCCAGAUGAAAUGGAAAGCGAAGAUCUCUUUGGUUCCCAGCAAACAUUGGUCAAGGUAGUUGCGACCACUCCAGUUACCUUGACGCCUCCUCGCAACCUCCAAGUGUACAACGCCACCUCACACAGCCUGACUGUGAAAUGGGAUCCGGCCAGUGGUCGUGUCCGAGGAUACAGGGUUAUCUAUGCUCCAAUGACUGGGGACCCCAUCGAAGAAACGAUCACAGUGGGUGCAAGAAUGAACAGUGUGGUGUUGCAGAAGCUGGAUCCCGAUACUCCGUACUCAAUCAGAGUUGUGUCCGUUUCCAGAACCGGAGAUGGGGGACAGAUAACUGGCAAUGGCAGAACAAAGCCGCUUGCUUCAGUCCGCAACCUAAGGGUGUACAACCCAACAACUAGUUCACUGGCUGUGAGCUGGGAUCCCGCCGAAGGUGUGGUACGACGCUACAGGAUUCGUUACGUUCCAUCCACAGGGCCUGGAAAUGAGGAAGAGGUCACAGUCUCAGGAAACACACACCAUACAAUCCUCAGGAGUCUGCAUCCUGAUACACCUUACGAUAUCUCAGUGGUUCCCGUGUACCGUGAAGGUGAUGGGGCUCCAAAGUCCAGCAGUGGGAGAACAUUAAUCCGUGGGUCACCCGGUAACGUUCAAGUCUACAACCCAUCACCGAACAGCCUGAACGUCCGCUGGACCAGCGCUCCAGGUCCUGUCCAGCAGUAUAGGGUGGUUUACGCACCUCUGACUGGGACUCGACCCUCACAAUACAUGGUGGUACCAGGGAAUGCCAACAACGUGCUUCUGGAACGCCUGCAGCCAGACACGCCGUACUCCGUGAACGUGGUGGCCCUGUACGCCGACGGGGAAGGAGGCCAGCUCACCAGCGACGGCCGAACAUUGAGCCGGAGUGGGCCACGAAACAUGAGGGUGUAUGAUGCGACCACCAACACUCUGAGUGUGAGCUGGGACCACGCGGAAGGGCCGGUCCAACAGUACAGGAUUGUAUACGCUCCAACAGUCGGAGACCCAAUUGAGGAGUUUACCUAUGUCCCUGGGAGAAGAAACAAUGUGAUCCUACACCCUCUCAUGCCUGACACUCCUUAUAGAAUCAAUGUGGUGGCCAUGUACGAUGAUGGGGAUGGAGGACAGCUGACAGGAGAUGGCAGGACAGUGGGCUUGCUGGAACCUCGCAACCUUCGGGUGUCUGAUGAGUGGUACACACGUUUCCGUGUCACGUGGGAUCCUGCUCCAGCACCAGUCCUGGGGUACAAACUUGUUUACCAGCCCACAGGCACCAACGAGAAAAUGGAAGUGUUUGUGGGAGACACGACGUCCUACACACCACAAAACCUGAAGCCUGGCACAGCGUAUGAUGUCAAGGUCUAUGCCACCUAUGAAUCUGGAACCAGUGAAGCUUUGACAGGCCAAGGAACUACCUUGUACCUGAACGUGACAGGAAUAAGUACUUACAAUAUCGACUGGGACACCUUCUGUAUCCGGUGGAACCCUCACAGGGAAGCUACCUCCUACCGAAUAAAGCUGCGACCUGUCGAUGUUUAUGCUGGUGGACAUCAGGACGUUACAAUCAAUGGUGCUGAUUCUAGUUACUGCUUCACUGGGCUCUCCCCGAAUACUCUCUACGAUGCCGUUGUAUACACUCAGCUUCCAAACCUGGAGGGUCCUGGAAUCAACGUGCAAGAGCGUACAUUGAUCCGCCCAACAACUCCUCCAACAGAGCCACCUUCUCCUCCCCCACCACCGACCAUCCCACCUGCUCGGGAAGUCUGCCUGGGUGCAAAAGCUGACUUGGUGUUCUUGGUUGACGGCUCCUGGAGUAUCGGGGACGAAAACUUCCAUAAGGUCUUGCAAUUCUGUUUCGACACUAUUGGGGCUCUCGAUGAGAUCAGCCCAAAUGGAAUGCAGAUUUCACUGGUUCAGUUCAGUGAUGAUGCGAAAGCUGAAUUUAAGUUGAACACUUACCAUGACAAAGGAAUGGUUCUUGCUGCUCUGCAGAUGAUUCAGUACAAAGGAGGAAACACAAAGACAGGCCGAGCUCUCAAAUAUAUGAACGACAAUGUCUUGGUUCAUUCGAAUGGCAUGAGGAAGGGUGUGCCCAAGGUGCUCGUUGCGGUGACCGACGGACGCUCACAGGAUGAGGUUAAGAAACCUGCACUUGCGUUGCAAGAAGCUGGUUACAGUGUGUUUGUCGUGGGGGUGGCUGACAUUGACAUCAAUGAGUUGAAAAACAUUGGCAGCAAACCCAGUGAGAGGCAUCUCUUCUUUGUGGAUGACUUUGAUGCCUUCGAGAAGAUUCAGGAUCAGCUCAUCACCUUCCUUUGUGAAACAGCGACUUCAACUUGUCCACUGAUAUAUCUCAAUGGAUUCACAACACCAGGUUUCAGAAUGCUGGAGGCAUUCAAUAUGACAGUGAAAGAUGCCGCAUCUCUCCCUGGAGUGUCUAUGGAGCCGGGGACAUUCAACAGCUUUACGGCUUACAGGAUUCAUAAGGAUGCAAGCCUUCAGCAACCUACAAUAGACAUCCAUCCGAGUGGCUUGCCGUCAGCCUACACCAUUAUGAUGCUUUUCCGUGUCCUCCAAACCACCACUUCUGAACCCUUUACCAUCUGGCAGAUAGUCGACGAAGACUACAAGCCAGAAGUUGGAGUUCUUCUAGAUGGUAACAGCCAAACACUAUCAUACUUUAACAAGGAUGAGAGAGGAGAAUCUCAGACUAUCACAUUUGAUAACGAAGAUGUAAAGAAACUAUUUUAUGGAAACUUCCACAAGGUUCAUAUUAUGGUGAAUCAGAACAGCGUUAAGUUGAUUGUGGACUGUCAAGAGAUCGAAGAGAAGCAGGCAAAUCCUCCUGGCAAUAUAUCAACCAGUGGAUAUGAAAAUUUCGGGAAAGUGGCUAAAGCCAGAGGUCCAAAGGGCAAGUCUGCUGCUUUUGAGAUCCAAAGUUUUGACAUCAUCUGCAGUCUGGGUUGGGCCACGAGAGACAAAUGCUGUGACAUCCCAUCUAUGCGAGAUGAGGCAAAGUGCCCGCCCCUUCCUCAUGCCUGCACGUGUUCUCAAGAUAGCAUUGGGCCUCCAGGACCACCCGGACCAGCUGGUCAAGUUGGUAGCAAAGGACCAAGAGGAGAAAGAGGCUUAAAUGGAUUAACUGGUCCGUCAGGUCCUCGUGGUGAGCCAGGUCCUCCCGGUCCACAAGGACUGCCAGGUCCUCAGGGUCCGAAUGGACUGUCACUCCCAGGAGAACCAGGACGUCCUGGAAUGAAAGGCGACUCGGGCGAACCAGGGUUGGCAGGACGACCAGGAUUAAUUGGCCGGCCUGGCCCAUCAGGUACACCGGGAUCAGAUGGCCCACGGGGCUUCCCAGGUAAAGACGGACCAAUUGGUCCACGUGGACCACCAGGGCCAAUCGGAUCUCCAGGUAACCCAGGUUCCCCUGGUCAAUCGGGUAUUCAAGGAAAACAAGGUGUUGCAGGAGCACCGGGACAAAUGGGACCAAAGGGUGAGAAAGGCGACCGGGGAGACUUUGCCUCUCAGAACAUGAUGAGAGCAAUUUCAAGACAAGUCUGUGAACAGAUGAUGAACAACCAAAUGAGAAGAGUAAACUCACUGAUAAACCAGAUUCCUAAUGGUUACCAAAGUAGCCGUGCAGUUCCUGGACCACCUGGUCCACCCGGACCAGCAGGUAACCCUGGACCAGUGGGAGAAACAGGUCCCCCAGGUGCAGCAGGUUUCCCAGGCACACCUGGAAUUCAAGGAAGAGUUGGUGAAAGAGGACCUUCAGGAGAAAAGGGUGAACGAGGUAGUCCUGGUAUUGGGAAGCAAGGAUCACCAGGUUUACCUGGACCUCCUGGCCCGCCAGGAGAAUCAAGGACUGGCCCAGCAGGAGCUCCGGGUCCAAGGGGGCCACUUGGGCCACCUGGUCGUCAAGGGCACUAUGGGAUCCGAGGUCCAGCUGGCCCUCCUGGUUACUGCGAUACCUCAAUGUGUGCAGGCAUACCUUACAACGGAUAUCCAAGUUCCGGAUAAAUUUUACUAGAUACUCAUGAUGCUUACAAAAAACCGAAAAGUCCUGUUUCUGAAAUAUUUGUUCCCGAUCUUAAUAAGAAAUGAGCCUUUUUGGAAAAUUCACCAGGAGUUGAUUUAACGAACUCUGUUGAUCACCAGUUCUUCAUAAGGAGAGAGAAAAACACACCUACUAAACUAAGCGAGUUCGCAGUCCUAUGCAUGAAACAGACGCCAGAGAUGCCUGCCCAUUUAAGACUGUUUCAUCGCGAAGCAAACAAAAAAAAAAGAAAUUUCACACACGAACAAGGCUUAAACUUUACAACCAGCCCUAUGAGGGUUGUAUUAUUUUCCAAGCAACAAACAAAAAAAAACAGUUUCUUAGCUCGGAAUGUUCAAAUUAUUUUGUCGUAUUGUUUCUGUAAAUAACUAAUUAUGGCAUUUAAAUGGUUCAAACUGAAUCACGUCCAACACGAGCUGUGUCGUGUAUUAAAUGUCUAGGCCUACUACAUGCUAUCAGCUUUAGAAAGUAACCAUCUUUUGUAUUAAAGGACAUCGCCCAAAACAAAUUAUGCAAAAAUGGAAAGAAUCAUAGAAGUGUAGAGGGGUGUGAAAUUUGUCUUUGGUAGUCCAUGAUGAGCAGUCACAUAUCAGCGGUGCAAGAGAACUUUGGAUGGAACAUAAAACAGUCUGCCGAUCAGUUAAUGUCAGUAUUUGUUCCCGGCCUAGACAAAUUUCGUAUCAAAAUCUUUCUGUGAGUGGGUGGUGGACCUAGGGGCACAAGGGGGUGGGGUGCAGUGGGAGUGAGGUAAAAAUAACUUAUUUCAGAUUUCAUGAAUGUCACAAUAUAUAUAUAUGUAUUUAAAAUUUUAUGGUUUAGCUAGAUAAAGUUUGCAUGCUUGUAGGUGCUGCUCACAAGAUCAACAGGGAAAAGAAAUCAAGUGGCUUGGCUGUUGUGGUUUUUCCAACUGCACAGUUGGUAAUAAUCUAGCAACGUACCAAAAAUUCUCAGUCUGAAUUUUCAAUUCCUGCUUUCUGGUAGGGAGCCAUCCGCAGACAAACCGUAGGUCAAGGAGUCACUCCUUCCUCUCAACUGUGUUCCAGUUCAGCUAAGUUCUCACCGGAUAGCAGGACUUGUGAAUUUAUACCCCCAGAUUUUAGCAAAGGAUCCAACACUGUUCCUACUUUCUGUCCACUCUUUUAUCACAGCUGCCUUGCGUUUCUUUCUGCACCCCACCCCCUUUUUCCUAUCAGAGUCAUUAUUUAAAACUGCUAUUAUCUUCAUGUUGCCUUUAUUGGGUUUUCUUUAACAGCCUUGGACAAUUCAAAUCAGACUAUUUGUUAUUAGCAUUGACUAUGCUGAAACGUACGUAAAGUGGUUAACUUUCAAGAUCUUAGAUUAUUAAUACUGCAUCGCAUGAUUUAAGCUGCCCUAGCUUAAAAAUGUAGCAUUGGUUACGCUUCUUGUUCAUUUCCUAUUUCUACAAAUUCAUUUAUUUUGCAAGAAAGAAGUGUUUUAGCAAAUCUUAUUGAUAAUUUUUAAAAAAGCAAUUCUCUUAUUCCCCAAUGCUUUGUGAGAAAAUAGUAUAAUUGUGCAAAAGACUCAUUUUCAAGGGAUGUAAAUCAAAAUAUGCAAAAAAAUGUAAACAUAUAUAUAUAUAUAUAAAAAUGAAUGUGUUGUAAGAUUUUGUGUCCAACAUGUUGUGUACACGUGUAAGCAUGAGGACUGGUAGGCUGCCAAUUAUAGUGUUUGAUAUAUGAGACCAAUAUUUCCAACCAGGACAAUACAGACAACCUUAUCGUCCAGAAACCCAUGUUGUUCCCAUAGCAAGGGAAGAGGAUGAAGAGAUCGACCAAAUUGAAAGUGAAAUUCAGUCGCCUGGAUUUAGUCGAAUGCAAUCAUGAGGACCGUCCAUCU